AUGCCUGAGGGGCAAAAUAUUAUUCAGCAAAAUGCAACUCCUAGCACUGUAUCAGCCUAUGCUGAUUCGGGGUUGCCAAUUGUGGGAUCGAUAUUCGAACAACCCUUAGGGAAGAUUCAUCGGACGCCUAAACCUUAUCGUUCUGCUUCCUAUUGGCGUGCUUUUCUUGCAUCAUUAGCAUCUAUUGGGGCAAUAGUUGUUCUUAUUCUCUUAUGUUCUCGAGUUCGUCAAGCACGAGUCCUCCAAGGACUCCGAACCCGUAGGUUGGCCAGCGGAGAAGAUAGUGACUCAGCCAUUGACGUUUGCGUCAUCAGUUCUGAUGAUGAUGAUGACCAGGAACGCCAGAGAGUGCAUAUGCCCAGUCUUCCUGGUGAAGGGGAGAGGCAGCUUCCUCUGAAAAAGAGAUGGUCGGCGAGAGCUCCAACAAGGGGUACCGGUGAUGAUGGACGUAUUCCGCAGCAGCAACAGCAGCAACCCUAUCACCAUCAACCCUCUGCAGCUCAGCCAGGUUUAUACGCAACUCAAGGGUUGCCACAGACAGAACAGCCUGGAACUCCACCAUUUACUUCUGGCGGGCCAGUGGCUCCAACCCACAGGCGGUCACCAGACGAGCUUCUUGCAGCCGCCGAACUGCUGAAUCUUCACCGUGAUGAACGACACUCUCCUACAGAUCCACAGAAAGCUGUGCCCGUGGAGGAAGACCCUAUGCUGCAAGAACCUAUGCAGCAGCAAGACACACAAUAUCGGGAUGAGUAUCAACUCUACACUAGUUAUUCCCCUGUGUUACCUGUGUUACCGCAGCUCUACAUCCCGCAGCCACAACAACCGUCUGGUUUCUCUAGUUAUCCCCCUGUGUUACCGCCGGUCUACAUCCCGCAGCCGCAACAACCGUCUGAUUUCUCUUUUCUGAGGUAUUUGCUUGAAGGACCGACGCUGCAGCAGCCAUCUCCGCCUCAGCAGCAGCCGCAGCAGCCGCCUCCUCCUCAACAGCAGCCUCAGCAGCCGCAGCAGCCGCCUCCGCCUCAACAGCAACCGGAGCAGCCGUCUUCCUCGCAGAAGCGCAGUAGGCGGCGGGGAAGGCGACGAGCGAAGGAAAGGAAGGAGCUGUUGUCAUUACCGAAGCUUAGGACUUUAUUAUUACAACGAAUGAAAGAAAAGGGGAUAACGCCGGAGCCAGUCGAAAGACAACGCAUGCGGGUGAGUCGGAAGCGAAGGAAGGACACUCAGUCGGAUGCACCAAAGAAGCAGCAGAAGCAGCAGCAGGAGCAACAGCAACAACAGCAGCAGCAGGAGCAACAGCAACAACAGCAGCAGCAGGAGCAACAGCAACAACAGCAGCAGCAGGAGCAACAGAAACAACAGCAGCAGCAGGAGCAACAGAAACAACAGCGGCAGCAGGAGCAACAGCAACAACAGCAGCAGCAGGAUCAACAGCAACAACAGCAGCAGCAGGAGCAACAGCAACAACAGCAGCAGCAGGAGCAACAGAAAGAACAGCAGCAGCAGGAGCAACAGCAACAACAGCAGCAGCAGGAGCAACAGCAACAACAGCAGCAGCAGGAGCAACAGCAGCAGGAACCGUUGGAACCUUCCACGUAUAGCUCGGAGCCCUUGCAAGAGGAUGAUUGGAUCGCUAUGGAUUUAUCUGUAACAUCUGGGGAAGGCCAGCCCAGCACCUCCAAACAGCCGAUUUCUCUUUCUCCUAUUUCUAUUUCCUCUUCUCCUUCUCCUCCUCCUCCUCCGUCUGCAGCAGCAAAAGCACCAGCAGCACCACGCCCUUGGAUACCCGCGACACUCCCGCCACCCCAUGUUAUCUCACUUGAGACACUUCGGCAAAAGGCAAUGAGUCUUUUGGAAACUCCUAGUGCUGCAUCUGGAGGGGUACCAAGGGAUGAGAGGGGUGUGCCUAUUGCUGCAGUUGAUACAGCAGCAAGCGCACCAGCCACGCAGGAGGCUCCUGCUGCUGGCGCUCCCUCUGCUACAUCGCAAGAAAAGGGAAGGACACCGGGUCAUGAGCUACCGGCACUUGCAAAUUUACUGACAGUUUUCAGUGGAGGAGCUGAAACAGCAGAGCAAGCAUUACAGCAGACCCACGGAGCACCUGGAUCAAGCCAAACGACACCCACGAAUCUCCCAGUUUUACUGGGUAUAGCUCCACAAGUCUUAAAUGGCCACCCAUUUGUGCGUCUACCAAGGCGGUUAAUGUAUAACACUCCCCGUUCGCUUAUGGUUGACAUAAAUACAGCCCUUUGUCGUCAAGCCAGGAGGGAUGUAGGGGAUUUUAUCACCAGGGCACAUCACCUCCUAAGUAAAAGUGUCUUAACUCCACAUGAAAUGGGGGAUUUGGCGAGCGUAGCCGAAGAAUUGAUAACGCAUGCAUAUUUUCGUCAGUGUUGCGACUUGACGUAUCAUUCGAGUACCCGGUCAUUCGAUCGUCUUGGUCUACGAUUCGUUAUCUUGGAUAUUAUUGUGUCUACCUUUAUAGUUCUUGGACAAACACCAGACCCCAAUGCAUGGAGAGCUUUUACAGAAAAGGUUAGCCACAAACCUCCACCUAUACCUACCCUCGUAGGUGCCAUCAGGCAUUACCAUUUUUAUGGUUCUUGGGCACAUCGAAUCUCCCUCGCGAUACAAAAGCUCAAGCGGCUGGAGAGGCCAGAUCCAUUAGAGCUUGUGAAUAUAAAAAGAGUUCUAUUCUGCGCGAAUGUUUCUCCUUUAAUUUUUAAGAGACCAGAGUUCGAUGCAUAUAGGGAGGAUGAUCGUAAAUUCAUGGAAACGAUAAGGCGUUUCUCAGCGCCUGGAGGUUCACAACCCUAG